AUGGCCGGCCAACAGUCGGCCCUGACGGACUUCCUCGCCUCACACAACAUCUCGGCACGGCAAAUCAGGGAUGAAGCCGACCAGCGUCGGAUGGAUGCCGCCGUGCAAGGGUUGCAGGAAAAUGAAGAGGAUAACUCUGUUGUCACUGCGCCGACGACGAACCGGAGACGGUCAACCCGCGGUGGCGCGGUAGAGGUGCCAAAGUCGAAAAAGAAAAGCAACGAGCAGAAGGCAAUCGAGAAGAUGAAGAACGGCAAGGCGUUCAAGAAGCGAAAGAAGUAUCUUGACUCAUCCGAUGACGAAGACGAAAUCGCAAAGGCCAUCUUCGAUGCUCACCACGCGCCGAUGCCUGGUCAAAUGGAAAAUUGCGCCAUCUGCCGCAAGCGAUUCACCGUCACCCCGUACUCUCUUGCCGGCCCCGACGGCGGUCUGCUGUGUGCCCCCUGUGGAAGGCAGAUGGCCAAGGAGCAACAGGGUCAACCGAAGAAGAAGCCGCGGAAACAGACAGGAGGUGUCGGCUCGCGUCGUGCGUGGCAAAGUCGCAUUCUCGACGGAGAUGUCGGCACGAAGAGCCUCGCCACCCUCUGCGUGCAAACGUUGGCGAAGAACGUUGACAUGGCGGACAGCUUGGGUGACCUGCCGGAUCACCUUGUCGACAAGAUCGCCCGCAUCUUCUCCAAGCGGAGGCUGCUGAAUCCAGAGACGCUGCCGCUGUUCGUGCAACCUGCAACGGAGGACGUCCGUAUAUAUGACGGUGCAAGGCUGGGCGAGCAGGACUUUAGGAGCAUCUUUCAGGUGGCCCCGCAUCUGAAAAGAUUCAAAGCACGCGCUGCGAUUCAGUUCAAAGAUGAGGUCAUGGACUACCUCCUAUCUCGUGACACCUCCCUGGAAAGCUUCUACCUCCACGGCGCCAAUCUUUUGAGCGAAGAGAAAUGGCACCAGUUUCUGGCCCACAAGGGGCAAGGACUCCAGGACCUUCAAGUGUACUAUACGGACAAGCACUUUGGCGAUGAGAGCAUACGGACGAUGGCAAAGACCUGUCCUAACCUUCGCCGUCUCAAGGUUUCCAACAACCAGAAGCUUGGCAACAAGGGCGUCAAGGCCAUCGGCGAGCUGUCAUCACUCGAGCAUCUCGGCUUGCAGCUGCAGAACCAAAUAUCUUCUCCUGCCUUGACCAGCGUCCUGUCACGAAUCGGGAGCCAACUCAAGACGUUGUCGCUCAAGAUCGUGCCCGUGAUCGAUGACACGGUGCUGCAAGCCAUUCACCAGAACUGUCGUUCUCUCGUGAAGCUGCGAAUCACCGAGAGCGAGAAGAUGACGGACAGCGGGUUCGUUGACCUCUUCACGAAAUGGGAGAACCCCCCACUCCGCUUCCUCGAUCUUGAAAAGUGCCGACACGUCGACUCGACUCGCCCGCGUGACAACGACGAAUCCGUCGGUCUCUGCGGCGAGGGCUUCAAGGCUCUGAUGGCCCAUUCAGGAUCCAAGCUGGAGAGUUUGAACGUGCAUGCCUGCCGACACAUCCCGAGGCAGGCAUUCGAGGAAGUCUUUGGCGACGAGGCCCACUACCCCGAGCUGAAGAAGUUGGAAAUAAGCUUCUGCGAGGAAGUGACCGACUUGAUCCUGCGCGCCAUUUUCCGCGCGUGUCCCAAGAUCAAAGAAGUCAACGUGUUCGGCUGCAUGAAGGUCAAGGACGUGAGGGUUCCUCGUGGCGUGAUCCUGGUGGGGGUGCCCAACGCCCAGGGCAUGGUAACUGAGGGCAUGGACUGA